UGAUUUACAUUUGGCUGUCCAGCUUUCCCAACACCACUUGCUGAAGAGACUGUCUUUUCUCCAUUGUAUAUUAAUUGGCAAAGAUUAAUUGGCCAUAGCUUAUGGAAGAAGAAUCAGCGUCAGAUUUUGCAGUUCGGGAAUGACCUUAGACAAUAUCAAUCGGGCAGUUGUGGAUCGAAUAAUCCGGGUGGAUCAUGCAGGUGAAUAUGGAGCGAACCGCAUCUACGCAGGGCAGAUGGCCGUCCUGGGUCGAUCGAGCAUCGGGCCGGUCAUUCAGAAAAUGUGGGAUCAAGAAAAGGACCAUUUGAAAAAGUUCAAUGAGUUGAUGGUUGCAUUCAGGGUGCGGCCAACCAUUCUGAUGCCCUUUUGGAAUGUGGUGGGCUUUGCACUGGGUGCGGGAACUGCCCUGCUUGGGAAGGAGGGUGCAAUGGCCUGCACAGUUGCUGUGGAAGAGUCCAUAGCACACCACUACAACAACCAGAUCAGGAUGCUGAUGGAGAAGGAGCCUGAAAAAUAUGAAGAGCUUCUUCAGGUGAUAAGGAAAUUUCGGGAUGAAGAGCUUGAGCACCAUGACAUAGGCCUCGAACACGACGCAGAACUGGCUCCAGCGUACGCUGUUCUGAAGAGAGUUAUCCAGGCUGGAUGCAGCGUGGCAAUAUAUUUAUCAGAAAGACUGUAAAGAUCCCUCCACUUGGAAGUCAAGAGAAUCCCAAGCUCCACACACCCUAAGCUGAGCUGCCUGCCUCCCCUCCCACAGUCCUGCUUCCCCAGUGGCCUCCCCAUCACAGGGAAUGGCAACUUCAUCCUUCUGGUCCUCAGGCCAAAAGCUCUACAGUCACCUUUGACACCUGCCUCUAUUACAGUCCCAUCAACCAGGACAUCCUUCAGGUUCUACCAAAUCCUCUUCACUGUCUCAACUGCUGCCACUCAGGUCCCCCCAGCCCCAUCUCUUACCUAGAUUAUUUUAGAAGCAUUCUAACUGUUCUUCCUGCCUUACCCUUGUCCUCGCACAAUCCAUUCUCAACCCAGCAGCCGGAAUGACCCUUUGAACCGUAAGUCAGAUCGCAAUACUGCUCAGCUUAGAGCCUCCCAGUUGCUUUCCCCAGUUACCACAGAAUAAAAGUCACAGACCCUAAAGUGGUUUACAAGACCUACGGGAUCUGGCCUUCUGUGACCACUUCCCCUUCCUCAAUCUGCUCUAGUCACGCCGGCCCCCUUCCUAUUCCCUGAAAUGCCAAGGCAUGCUUCUGCCUUGUGGCCUCUGCAAUGGCUGUUCCCUCUGCCUGGACUCUUUCCCCCUGAUAUCUGCAUGGUCAAAUCCCUCACCAACUCCUAAGAUUUUGUUCAAAUGUCACUUUUGAAAGGAGCCCUUUUUCCAAACUGCAGAUCCCACCCCGCCACAUGCCUCAUCCCCCUUGCUCUGCUCUGCACUUUUCCCCCACAGCCCUUCCUGCCUUCUAGCAUAUUAUAUAAUGUACUUCCUAUGUUUCUUGUCUCUUUCUCCCCGCAAGAAUAUAAGCUCUGUAGGGCAGAAAUCUCUCUUUUAAUCACUGACACAUAACGGGCACUCGAUAA